GACGGUGAUGCCGGGGUCACACCGCACAUGAUUCGGUCACAUGAGUGCGUCGGUGUCCCGUUGACAGAUCUGAAGUGACGGGAAAGAUCUCUAACGGCGUGCUCAGUCAACAGGAGAGUCCUCCAUUUCUGCUGUUCAACAUGAUCAUGGCAUUAUCUGUCUCUUGAUGAGUCUCAAGAACUCGUAAUAGAUCACAAUAACCAUUGAGUGCGCCUCAGUGUCCAGAGCUGCAGACCUGUGCGGACACCUGAGCAGGCCACCUUGCCUGUGUCUGUAUGGAUGGGAAUGGCAGCACCAGCUGCCUGUGGGAAUCAUUCACACACAACAUGGAAUCACAUAAUUCUCAUUAUUACAACGUUCCUGAUCUUUAGUGCUAUUUCAGUGUAUGCACAGUGUCGGAUCCUGCGAUGUAACUCAGAGUUUGUGGCUGCGACUCUCGAAAUGGGGGUCCCCGGGGGGAGGGAGGGGGGUAAUGCCAGGUACUGCAGUGCCUUGCGAUCCUACGCCCUAUGUACCCAGCGAACCGCCCGGGCGUGCCGCGGAGACCUGGCCUACCACUCUGCUGUGCAGGGCAUUGAGGACCUACUUAUCCAACAACGCUGCCCCAAAACAGGCCCCACAGCGCAGCCACGGCCACGGCCCCUGCCCCUGCCCCAGGCUCCACUCUCAGGGGACGGAUGCUUCUAUGAGAAGGCGUUUGUGAAGAGGGAGGGCCGGGCCCCAGAAUACCUGCACUGUGGGGUGUUUGGGGACCCUCACAUCCGCACCUUUAAUGAGGAGUUCCAAACGUGUGCUGUGAAAGGAGCCUGGCCUCUCAUAGAUAACCAGUACCUGUACAUCCAAGCCACAAGCACACCCACUAGAGGGAUCUCUUACUCUACUUUGCUCACAAAGAUCACAGUUAUCUUUAAGAACUCGCGUGAGUGUGCAGAGCAGCAGAUAUACCAAGCAGAGUUGGACAACGUUCCCCCAGCAUUUGUGGAUGGUUCUGUGACCAGCGGUGAUCGCAGAGGACACCAGAGCCUGCGUAUUCACUCUCAUGAUCCUGGCCAACAUGCCGAGAUCACGGCUACACACAUCGGGACGACACUGGUGGUGCGUCAGAUCGGACGGUCGCUCAGUCUGUCUGUCCGCUCACCUCGUGCGAUCGUGGAGUCCUACACACCCGAGCAGGACCUGCAGUUGUGUGUGUGGGCUUGUCCGGUCUCACAGCGUCUGGAGACGCCACCCAUGCAUCCGUCCACUGCUGGGUACGCACACUGCUCCUCCCUGCUUCCUGUGCGGGAUGUGUAUUUCCAGGCCUGCCUGUUUGAUUUGCAGGUCACUGGGAAUGUGAACUCUAGUGCGUCAGCUGUAGCUGCGUUGGAGGACGCUCGUGCAAUGAUCUCUGUUUCUGAGAGGGUUCACCUGCUGACAGCCAGUGCAAGUAACACCCCUCCGUCUCUGCCGGUGGCACUGGCCAUAAGUGUCCUCACGGAGACCCUCAGACAUGCUGUCUCAGGUCCAGUCUGAUGACUGGAAACUCUGCAGCUCUCACUGCUUUUCUGCAGAAAGCCUAAAGCAGGGCUUUCUUGAUUUUUAAACGAUAUUUAUACAAUUGUUCGGUGUUUACAUCCACUAACUUUACAUCCACUUAUAUCCAAAUCUUAGACGAACCUAAGGUGGUUUGGUGGUCUUAGUUGGUUAUAGCUAAUUUAUCUACCAGCCUGACCAGCUGACAAGUGCCCAAAGCCCCUCUCAAACCAGCAAAACAGACCAGCCUAACCUGCCUGCCAAGGCUGGGAGACCAACUAACAACCUUAGGCUGGUUAUGUUUAUUUUAUUUUAUUUUUUCCUGCAAGACAGAGUUUUCAGAUUUUGUGAGUUUGUAUGUUUUAUGUGAACAGAGGCUGUCUGGAACUGCCUUUUGUGUUGAAUUCAUUGUUACAUGCACAUAAAGUGUGUGAUUUUUUAUUUUUUAUUUAUCACAUUUGUGAAAAUAUGAACAUGAACACAUUUUGGCGGAAAAAUUCAGCAAAAUUCUAUUCAAGACAUAUUUGCUUAUCAAAGAAAUAGUGUAUGUUUUUUCAAAGGUUGAUGAGGUUUGUGCAGGAAUAAUUUGAGUGUAUUUAUAAUAAAUAAAAAAUAAUAAAAAAAACUAAAAUAUUUCCACACAGCAGUAGUUCAUUGUCGUGUGCUGGCCCACACAGCAUUGAUCAGUGAAGGUUACACCAGAUUAGCAGACAACUGGAAAUUACCAUUAUCACCAAAUGAGACAUUUUUCCAAAGCUAAAAUAAAGACCAUUGAAUACUUUUUCUGUCAAACUAGUUAUCAAUAUUUUAGACUUCUAUGUAAAUUAUAUGCAUCAUGGAAAUGUAUCAUGAGAAUGUGUGUAAAAUUUCCUUUGAAAAGUGAAGACCAAUCACAUUUUCUAUAUUUUCAUUCUGUCAGUCUCCUGAAGAUGUCAUGUUGUAACUACUGUACAUAGAUUGAAAAAGAAGUUGUCUAAAUCUAAAACUGUCAAAAUCAUGUGACUAAUGGUUUAUCAUCUGCAAACUGGUGACAGAUUCUGAGGCAUUUCACAGUUGUUUAAAGGAAUAGUUCAAUUAAAAAUAAAAAUUAUCUUAUCAUGUACUC